AAUGAUUGCAAAAAGACUGCUCCAUAGCUUGUGAAUGGCAGCUGGCAACAAAUAAAAUGUUAUAUUUGUAGAAAUUUUGGGUAAUCUCAAAUUAAUUAGGUUUUUGACAACAGGUAAUUCAUUAAAAUUCACAGUUAAUUUGAUUAACUCAUAUGAUAAGAAAAUAGUACAUUGAAGUUAAAUAUUUUAGGUAGUUGAUUGGAUAAGGAAUCUUUGAUCAAAUUUUCAAUCUAAAAAACAAAUCUAAAAUUCCAAUCAGAUUAUUCUAUUUCUUAUUGAUUGAAGAAUAAUCUAAUUACUAUUCGAUUCUUAUAUUAAAACCAAAUACUGGAAUAGUUUCUUGAGACUAUUUAAGCUAAGACUAUUAUACAUAUUCAUGGGAGGUUUUAUAUCCCAAUCCUCAUUGAGUCGUUAAUUCUAUACCAGAAAGGAGGCAAUCAAUUUAAUGUUCCCAUUUUUUUGAUUAAUUAUAGUAAAGCUUCAAAAUACCCCUUUGAAUUAUUGUUUGCAAAUUACAACUGCUUUGGUUUGCUUAACUAUAAAUAUAAAUUACAAAUCAAUGGAUUAAUAUUGAAUUAUCCUGAUGUUGAUAUAUGAUUCUAGUAUACUGCCAGUAUUUUGAAGCCAGAAUCAUAUUCAGCUCAUUCAGAUUCGUAAUUGGGAAUUGAUCCACUUAUGAGUCCUUGACUAUUCUCAUAUGAUAUUUUAAAUAGUUCUCACCAAAAAAGAUUGUUUUUGGUGAUUAAGAUCCUUUUUACAGUAUAUUUAAUUGUAUGAUUUAGAAUCAUACAUGAAAACUUUCCUGGAAGUUAUUUGAAAUCCAAUAUUAUAAAACGUAUGUC